UAAGAGGUCACCUCUAAGGAAGGCUCCCAUGCAGAAUCACUGCCGCCUGUCGGUGAAGAGGACAGCAGUGAUGGUAUAAAACUGUUGGGAUGCCCACACCGCUCAGCCAGAGCCUCAGUUUCCAUAUUGUGGGACUCAUCAUUCAUAGAAAAAAGGGAUCCAGUCAUAUUAAGACAUCUUCCAUCAGUGGCCUGAGACAUUUUUUCUUCCUGUCUGCGAGAAGCCACCAUGGCAGUGUUGACGGCCUAUUGGGCAUUCUUGGUUGCCGUGUCAAUGACAAUGAGUGCAGGCCAUACUUUGAGAAGAAUAAGCUUGAAGAAGAUGCCGUCUAUCAGGGAAACACUGCAGGAUAUGGGCGUCUCAGUGGAUCAGGUGUUGACUGAGCUAGCGCAGAUGAGCGUGGAAGACUUCAGCAACGGAACUGCUCCCACUCCCCUGACCAACUAUUUGGAUACACAGUACUAUGGAGAAAUCAGCAUCGGCUCUCCAGCUCAGAUGUUCAACGUCGUAUUUGACACGGGCUCAGCCAACCUGUGGGUUCCCUCGCAAAGCUGCUCCCCUUUCUCUACAGCCUGCUUUACUCACAACAGGUAUGACGCCUCCAUGUCUCGUACCUACAUGGAAAAUGGAACAGGAUUUUCCAUCCAAUACGCCUCAGGGAACGUCAGGGGAUUCCUCAGUGAGGAUGUGGUCGUGGUGGGUGGAAUCCCAGUGGUUCAGGUUUUUGCAGAGGCAACCUCCCUUUCUGCCAUGCCCUUCAUCUUUGCAAAGUUUGACGGCGUCCUGGGGAUGGGCUACCCAAAUGCCGCCAUCGACGGUAUCACUCCAGUGUUUGACCGCAUCAUGUCGCAGCAUGUCCUCAAGGAGGAAGUGUUCUCUGUUUACUACAGCAGGGACCCCCAACAUUCCCCCGGUGGAGAGCUGGUUCUUGGCGGCACAGACCCAAACUACUACACUGGAACAUUUAAUUAUAUGGAGACCAAAGAGAUGGGCAAGUGGGAGGUUAUGAUGAAAGGUGUUUCUUUGGGAACCGAAAGGAUAUUUUGUGCAGAAGGCUGCACAGCUGUGAUCGACACAGGCUCCUCCUACAUCACCGGCCCGGCCUCCUCCGUUUCUGCGCUGAUGAAAAGCAUUGGAGCGCAGCUGGACGAGAGUGGUUACAAAGUCAACUGUGACACUGUGAAGACAUUGCCAAGUGUCGCUUUUCAUCUUGGUGGCCUCGAGUAUUCCCUCACAUAUGAAGAUUAUAUUCUGUGGCAAUCCCAGACCGAGGGCGAUGUCUGCAUUGUUACCUUCAGGGGCUUGGAUGUGCCACCCCCUACGGGUCCCAUCUGGAUCCUGGGAGCCAACUUCAUCGCCCGCUACUACACAGAAUUUGAUCGGCGCAGUAAUCGGAUAGGCUUUGCUGUAGCAGUCUGACAACAUUCAAAAGGAACACGAUUUGCAACUUCCUACUACCGUCCUACAUAUCACUUUGGUCGUUUAUAUGUAGUACUUUAUGCAACCUGUUAAAGGGGACGUCAAACUAAAAAUUUGCUUUUCAGCAAUAUGUUCUAUUACUACUGUAAUUGUGGAGUUCUAAUUAAUAUUGCAUUUGUGGAAUAUGAGCUUGGCAACAAAAUACACUGGAGUUUAUUUUAUUUUAUUUUUUUUGCCAUUUCAGCGGGUGGCCAUUUUGCCACUUUUUGUCAACAGAAAACGACAUCAUAGUUGCUCAAGGCUCAGCUAACGACCCAUCAUGGGCCACCUGUUUUCUAAAUCAUGAGCCAUGAUUAUACGUUCCUUGAGCCCUGAGCAACUCAAAUGUCAUUUUCAGUCGACAGCAAGUGGCAAAAUGCCUGCGCCCUGUGAUGCUCAAAAACGGGUGGAUUUUAGUGAUUAACCCAUUUACCGUGAAUGCAAUAUUCAUCGGAAUGCUGUGUUUAGACAAAUAGGGCUGCGUGGAACUUAUUAUUCCAGGGAACAUUUUUGGGUUGACUUCCCCUUUAAGGAAUUAACCACUGUCAUGCUUUGCUUAUUUGCAUUUCUUCCAUCCUGUUCUGCUAAGUUUUGUUGCACUAGGAAACACCUUGUAUUCUCUAUUUAUGAAACAUGUAGAAGACAUUGUAAAAUGUGCCCGUGUGUCUCGCCUGUUGAUGUCAACCUGAAAUAAAAAUUUUGAACGUCUA